AUUACUUCUUAUCUGAGGGAGCUCUGUCUUUCCCAAAACAGAGCAUUUCCGUUGCUUCUCUCAGAGUACCCAUUUCUCAUUUUAGUCUCUUCUUAUAACGAUUUCUUCCCUGAAAACUGUCGAAUUUCUGCUGAAUUUCUUACCUUUUUGGUUACCAUUUGAAGAUCUAUAUCUCUGUUGCAGAUACAGUUGAUGGUUUCUGAGAGGAUAAAGAAGAAGAAGACCGACUGGUCUCUCCCACCCAGGAGAGGCCAGAUCAAAGCUGAAAUCUUGAAGAGCAUCGUUCAGACCGUCGCUUCCGCCGCCAUCAAGGCCGUUGAAGUCGUCGGGAUGAAACCGCGCGGCGGUGGAUCCUCGUCGUCAAGCUCUAGCGCCGGCUCUGCUUUCGCAACCCCGCCGCCGAGCCCAACCACCACCGUGAAACUCUCCGCCGCCUAGCUUAUUAAGUAAAUGUUACGCCUCCACCGUGAAUGAUGUUGUUUUAUGGUCAUAUAUUCACCGGCGCCAUGGACCAUGGGCUUUCUUUUUUUCAUCAACUCCCUUCCUAAUUAUCCCUGUGUGCCUUUUUUCUUCUUCUUCUUCUUCUUGCGAUCACUCCCUGUCAUUCGAGGUUGUCAUUUGGAAGUGCUUUUUUUUUCUGUCCUUCCAUGGAUGAUGUACAUCGCAAGAGGGUUUUGGUCUUUUCCGUUAUGUUUAUUUGUGCUCUUUCUUCUUGUGUUUUAGGCCUAAUCGUCCUUUUUGGGCCGCCAUGGCAAUAAAUCAUAUAUGGUAUGGUUACUACUUAGUGCUAAUACCACUAGAAAUACCAAUUUUUAGCGAAAGUGUCAUUUAUAUUAUGAAAUUUUCGAUAUGACAAUUGUAUACCAACCGUUAAGUUUUCCAUUAAGGAUUAACAGAAAAUACAGUCAACAAUGACGU